AUGUAUAAAAGUGAUUUUGUGAAGUUCCUCACUGCAAUUCUUACUCUUGCAUUAUCAUUAAAUACUUUGAUUGCCGCGGUUGAAGGAUGCAUGGCGACAAGACCAUCAACAACUACGACGACACCCCUUUGUUGUCCUGCGUUAACGACGACGAAUCCACCGCGGGUCACUCCGCCAACCGGAACAAAAGGAGCUGGCUUAGACGAAUGUUCAAUUCUACGCCGAUUUUCGAGAGGAGUUUGCCCACAAUACGCACAGUUGGUUUGCUCCAGGAGUCCCGGAACAACGGUGAGUCAAGUAAUAAUACAAGUAGUGAAUGGACCGACGCUGGUAGGCGACAAUACGGGGCCAACGGUGGCUAUGCUUACAAUCGAAUGUGUAGCACCGGGAAUAUGGAUGUACCGCAACAACAAGCACAAACUAUUCGAAUUUACUGGCGUGUCAUGUAACCAAGGUACGCUUACAUCCGGUGAUUAUGUCAUUAACUAUUCUUUAUUUAGUGAACAUGGUCAAAAAAAUGAAGGCAGUCAUAAAGGUCAUGAAUGA